UGUCACGCGACCAACGACUGACGAUAAACAGAGACAUACACAUAUGCGUCUUGAAGGAUCAUAAUCAAACUCGACCUCUCCGUCGAUCGACAGUUUAAAAGUGCUUUGCGAUCGAUUUGAAACGUGUCUUACACGAAAGUCUCCCGUUGUUUCUCGUACCGUUCUUUUAUUUUCGGAAUUGUAGUGUCGGCGCAGUGCUUCUUCGGUGUUUACGAAAAUGAGCGAAAAGAAAACCGAAUCUCAAGAAUCUGAUGAGAUAUCGAAAAAGGAAUUGGUAAAGCUAGAUUCAAUAAAAAAGGAGCAAUUCUCGAAAUCGAUAGAAAAUAUGAAGAAGAAUGUGGAGAAAAUAGUUGAGAAGCAUAAGAUAGGAACAUCACAAAGUAUCAAGACUGCACCUAAAAUUCCUACCUCCACUAAAUCUGUGGAUCCUAUAGCUACAGAAACAUGCCAAAUAUCCAAAAAUAAGAGCGAAUGGUCUACCUCUGACGAGUCCGACAGUUCUGAAGAUGCAGAAGACAGUUCUGAGGAUGAAGAAGAAUGUCAAAUGUCCAAGAGUAUAUCCAAAACAUCCACUUCAAUGCAACCUACUGAAAUUUCUGAAGUAUGCCAAAAACCUAAAACCACAUCCAAAAGUUCCACUUCCAGCAAAACUGAUCAUAAAAUUACAGAAAUAUGCGAAAUACCUAAGGUGACGUCCGAAAUUUACGACAAAUUAAGUAAGUAUGGUAAAGAAAUAUGUCAAGCGUUUAAGAAAAAAUCGGAAGAGUCUGCCGAAUUGGAGCAGUCUGAAACUCCAGCUACAAAAAUGUCCAGAGCACUCGAGAGAUCUAAGUGGUUUGAAGCCUGUGGCUUUGAAGCUUCAAACGCUACAAGAGCUGCAAGAAUGUACCGAUUACUUAAGGCUGACGAGUCCGCCAAGCUUGAGACUCCUGAAAUUCCAGAAGCUGCAGAAGUGUGUCAAAUGCCCAAAAGUACAUCUGAAGAGUCCAUCAAGCUUAAGUUUCUUGAAACUCCAGAAGCUGCAGAGAUGUCCACAGCAAUCGAGAGAUCUAAGAGGUUUGAAGUUUAUGGCUAUGAAACUUCAAGAGCUACAAGAAUGUACGAAAUACUUAAGAAUGCAUCUAAAAAGUCUGCCAAACUUGAGACUCUUGAAAUUUCAGAAGCUGCAAAAGUGUGCCAAAUGCCCAAAAAUACAUCUAAAGAGUCUGCCGAACUGGAGGCUUCUGAAACUCCAGAAGGUACAAAAGCGUCCAGAGCACUUGAGAGAUCUAAGAGACUUGAAGCCUGUGGCUUUAUUGAAACUUCAAGCGCUGCAAGAGCUGCAAAAAUGUAUCAAUUACUUAAGACUGCAUCUGAAGAGCCCGCCAAGUUUCAGAUUCCUGAAAUUCCAGAAGCUGCAAAAGUGUCCCAAAUGACGCAAACUACAUCCGAAGAUUCCACCGAACUUAAGGCUCUUGGAAUUCCAGAAACUGCAAAAGUGCGUCAAAUGUUCAAAACUACGGUCGAAGUGUCUACCUGCACUGAGAGUGAAGAUUUUGAUCCAAACGUUGCAAAAAUGUUUAAGAAUCCCCAGGAAGACCAAAUUACGUCCGAUCCUUCCAAAAGCAUCCUUGUUCAUCCUUUAGAUAAAAUGGAGGAAGCUGAAGUACUAAAAGACUGCCCAAUUUGCAGUUCCAAAAUCACUGAGAGAUGUGAAAAUGUAGAAUCAUGCCUAAGAUGCGGUUCUACACUCCCCCUAUCAUAUGAUACGAAAAAAAAAAUACGUAGUAAAGUACACUCUGCAGAUGAUAUAUACACUACUGUAGCCUCUGCUGAAGACUGCAAGUUAAAUGUAAACGAUAGCAAGAGCAAUUUAAAAGCUUCCACUAAGCUUGAAGAAAAUCUUCUCGAAAAGGUUUCUAUGAAAUCAGUUGACGAUACUGGCAAGAUAGUAAUGAUACCCAUCAUCGAAAAAGUUGAAUUAACUCGAGAUGUGAUUGAUGCACGUAAAUUCUGGCCGCCUAUGUCAGCACCGAACUUCAACGAACAUCAUUUGGUCCUGGCAAGUCAUCAUUUAGUGCCUUCACUGUCGUUCGGGCUUUUCGAAAUGUUCGCAGAAAUAAUUGAAGUUGUUACGAAGAAGCCAGUUGUCUUAUUGCAUGAAUCCAGAGACAACCGACCUAUCGCUGCGGAAAUCGCUGAUAUAGUUAUCUUACCCGCGGCUGAAACAUGGAACGACGGUGUACUCUUACCCGCAAGCUUUGUUUUCGAACAUCGUCUAAAUAAAGAUAAAUCGGCCAACCUGUACGCCGACGUAAUCGUCGCAAAGGAUCGUGCCCCGCAUAUUCAAGAUAUCAUGGAUUUGCGAGGACAUAGGUGCGCUGUUCCAAAUAAUCGGCACCAGUUCAGCGCCGCUGGAUUACUCUUCAAUUAUUUGUACUCGAAAGGCGAAAACAUGAUGUUUUUUGGUCAUGUACUCGAUGGCAGAACGCAGAUGGAAGUAUUGGAAAUGGUUGCCGGCAAGCAGGCGGAAAUAGGGAUUCUGGAAUCAUCGGUAAUAAGAUGUAACAAAUACAACGUACACGGUGCAGAUUCUCUUCACAUCCUCACCAGCUUGGGACCUUUACCGCCUUAUCGUAUUAUGAUAAAAAAUACACUAGCGAAUCAACUGGCCAAAGAACUUACAGCCUAUUUACUAAACAUAGAUAAGAACGAGGAGUGGCUGAAGAGAUUGUCGCCCUACGGCGUCAUAGGGUUUGCCAAGAACUCUAUGGAUUACUACAAUCUGGUUGAUAAAAAGUGUGUAGAAACUAACGUGCCCUACUAUUAAAAUUAUUUUACAUUAUUUAUUCCUUAUUUUUGUCUUUUAACGUUUUAUACAUAUAUACAUUUAUAAAUGCAAUUCUCUUUUUUGCUCGAAUAUAACAUGUGGUAUU